CAGAUUUUUGCCACAGUAGCUAUGUUAGAUGGUCAAUUAGUCGCUAUAAAACCAGUACAGAAACGUAGUUUAACAGUCACAGCAGAAGUAGUCCUAGAACUUAACUGGAUUCGUAGUUUGAAAUUUAAAGCAAUAAAUCCACUAAUCGGAGCUUGUGUAGAUCCUGGUAAGAUCUGUUUGAUCUGGGCUUAUUGUGGUAAAGGAAGUCUAGCUGAUGUGGUACAAAAUGAAGACAUAAAACUUGAUUGGAUUUUUAAGAUUUCGUUCAUCACCGAUAUUGUAAAGGGUAUGAUAUACCUACACGAUUCACCAGUCCAGUGCCAUGGUGGAUUAAAAUCCUCGAAUGUAUUAAUAGAUAACCAUUGGAGCUGUAAAAUUAGUGACAUUCAGACUCCGAUAUUCCGAUCAGGAGAAAAAACAUCAAUCUUGGGCACACAUCAGAUUAGCUGCAGAAAACUGUGGACAGCUCCAGAAGUUCUCAGGAACCCUAUAGCAUACCACCGUGGUUCCAAGAAAGCAGACGUGUUUGCAUUUGGUAUUAUACUCCAAGAACUAAUACUAAGGACGGGUCCCUAUGGGCACGAUGACAUCGAAGCUGAGGGUAAGCAAGCGUAUAUCAUCGAGAGGGUGCGAGAGUGUGGUGCUCCGCCAUAUCGUCCAGUGGUUGGAAAAGGUCUUGUUGCUGACUCGAUCACAGAGUUGAUGAGGUCAUGUUGGGAAGAGAAUCCAGUUGACAGACCAUCUUUUAAUCAAGUUGAAGAUGUGAUUAGAAAAGUGAAUAAGGGGAAAACAACCAACAUUAUUGAUCAGAUGGUUCAUAUGUUAUCGAAAUACGCCGACCAUUUGGAGGAACUGGUGGCUGAAAGGACCAAACAGCUGGAGGAUGAACAGAAGAAAACAGACGAACUUCUGUGUCGAAUGCUACCAGCAUCCAUAGCCAAUGAUUUAAAGAAGGGAAAAACAGUGUUACCUGCUUAUUUUGAUUCUGCCACAGUUUUCUUUAGUGAUAUUGUAGGUUUUACCAAGCUGGCGGCAGACAGCACUUCUUUCCAGAUUGUGGAUUUCUUAAAUCAACUUUAUACCACAUUUGAUAAUGUUAUUGAUAAAUACGAUGUAUAUAAGGUAGAAACGAUAGGUGAUGCCUAUAUGGUAGCUAGUGGUCUACCCGUACCUAAUGGUAAUAAACACGCUGGUGAAAUAGCCACUAUGGCUCUAGACUUAUUAACGUCGAUUUCUGCUUUUGAAAUUGAUCAUCAACCUCAUAAAAUACUUCAACUCCGAGUUGGCAUGCAUUCAGGGCCGGUAGCAGCAGGAGUGGUGGGGUUAAAGAUGCCAAGGUACUGUUUAUUUGGUGAUACAGUCAACACGGCAAGCAGGAUGGAAUCUUCAGGUUUAGCUUUAAGAAUACAUGUCAGUCCUGAAUGUAAAAUGGUUUUAGAUCAGCUAGGAGGAUAUCAACUAGAAGAACGAGGCUACGUGGAGAUGAAGGGCAAAGGUUCUAUAUUCACCUAUUUUUUAACGGGAAAAGAAGGUUUCAAAAAGCAGCUUCCAUCUCUAGACUUACAGGCGCCUUUAAGUGAACACACCUUUAAAUAA